UUGAUAACUUGUCAAUGUCCUGUUAUCUUAUUUUUCUUAAAAAACAAAUAGUUUAAUAGUAGUUAGUUUAGUAGAAAUAAUAGUGAUUAAUUGCCUAAACAAUAAACAAUUAUGCGAGGAUACAAGAACAAAGAAGAAGAACGACACAAGAUGAUAUAAAUAUGUUUUAAAAGCAUUUUAAGUUAAAUGGACUAUUAGUGAUACAGAUUAAACAAAGGAUUAAGUAUUUUUUUAAUUCAAAAUGCUGCGGCGCAAUCUGAUAAAGGCCAUUGAUUUUGUUAAUGGAAUGAAAAAAAUACAAAGAUUGAAUUACGGUCGAUUGUUAACCUAUAAAUUAAAACAUACACUUGUUGCUCAGAAAAGUAAAUCUGAAAUAGAAAGAGAAAUUGAAAAAUUACAAGAUUUAAAUUCCUUUACAUAUAGAAGUCACACUUGCGGUGAACUACGACCCGUGCAUAAUGGGGAAAGUGUUACACUUUGUGGUUGGGUGCAAUACCAACGAAUGUCUAAAUUUCUCCUACUACGUGACUCCUAUGGGGUAACACAGUGUAUAGUAAACAAUGAUCAAAUUAAUUUCAAGGAUAUUCCUCUAGAGUCUGUAGUUAAAGUAAAUGGUACUGUUUCCUUAAGACCAACUGAUAUGAUAAACAAUAAAAUGAGUACUGGUCAAAUAGAGAUCCUCAUAGACAAGUUAGAAAUACUAAAUACAGCUGACAAAGUACCAUUUAAUUUAAGAGACCAUCAAAAACCUAAGGAGCAACUAAGAAUGCAGCAUCGCUACUUAGAUAUAAGAUUCCCUGACAUGCAGAAGAAUUUAAGAACAAGGUCUUCAAUACUACAUAAUAUGAGAAAGUUUCUAAUUGAGACAAAUGGGUUUGUGGAAGUUGAAACACCAACACUGUUCUGCAGAACUCCUGGUGGCGCUAGAGAAUUUGUUGUUCCCACCCAUUAUCCUGGGUUAUUUUAUUCUUUAGUUCAAAGUCCACAGCAGUUUAAACAAAUGUUAAUGGCCGGUGGGGUUGAUAGAUAUUUUCAGGUUGCCAGAUGUUAUAGAGACGAAACAACAAGGCCUGACAGACAACCUGAGUUCACACAGCUUGAUAUAGAAAUGUCUUUUGCAAAUUUAGAUAAUAUCAUUACAUUGAUUGAGCAGUUACUCUAUACGACGUUUCCAAAAAAAUUACCGAUACCACCGUUCAAUAGAAUUACAUAUACAGAAGCUAUAGAAAACUAUGGCACAGAUAAACCGGACAUAAGUUAUGAUUUAAGAUUAAAAAAUGUGUCACAUUUGUUCAAUAACAAUGAAAAGAUACUUAGUGCUUUUGUUUUACCAUAUCCUGAAGAAAUUGGUAAAUUAUCUGCAAAAUACAAGGAUAAAAUUAAUGAAUUAAAACAGAAGAAUAAUGUAAGAGUUAUAUUAAAUGAAAAUAUUAGUAAAGAAGUGUCUAAUGAUGUAAAAUGUGAUAUCAAGAAUAUUGUAGGAGAGAAUAAAUCUUUUAUUCUAGCAUUGGGUGACAAAGAGAAAGUCUGUACUUGCUUAGGAGAAAUUAGACAACAAUUAGCAGUAUUAUUACAAUCUAAAGAAUUAAUAUUAAUUAAUAAGAGCCCACAGCCAUUCUGGAUUGUUGAUUUUCCUUUGUUUAUUGAAGGUGAUAAUGGCUUGGAAACUUGUCACCAUCCUUUCACUGCUCCUCAUCCUGAAGACUUACACUUGUUGGAGACUGAGCCUUUAAAAGUUAGGGGACUUGCUUAUGAUAUUGUUAUGAAUGGUAAUGAAAUUGGUGGAGGAUCAGUGAGAGUACACAAUGCUGAUCUUCAAGAAAAGAUUUUACAAAUGCUUAAUAUUGAUGCGAGUAAAUUAAUGCAUUUUAUGAAUGCAUUACGGAGUGGUUGUCCCCCUCAUGCUGGGAUUGCGUUGGGAAUUGAUCGUUUGGUGACAAUAGCAUGUGAUGCAGACUCAAUUAGAGAUGUCAUAGCAUUUCCCAAGUCUCAUGAAGGCAAAGACCCUUUGUCCGGUGCACCAAAUAUUAUUACUGAAGAUGAUAAAAAGUAUUAUCAUAUAAAUAUUGUUUAAGUGGAUUUAUAAAAUAUGACAAGUAUAUAAAUG